AGCAACAACAUGAAGGUGGUAUUUGCUCUAGCCAUGGUGGGUGUCGUGGUGGGUGUGCCACCACAGUAUGGUUACCCUCCUGCCCCACACUAUAGGCCCACUCCAUCCUACCCUCCUGCCCCACACUACAAACCCACUCCAUCAUACAGCCCAGCUCCCUCCUACCAGCCAGCUCCCUACCAUCCCACUCCAUCCUACAAGCCAUCCCCGUCCUAUGAUAGUCAUCCACGGUACGACUUCAACUAUGCUGUGAAGGACGACUAUUCUGGUAACGACUUCGGUCACCAGGAGACUCGUGAUGGCUACAACACCCAGGGGACUUACUACGUGCAGCUCCCAGACGGUCGUCUGCAGCAGGUGACCUACACUGUCAAUGGUGACUCUGGCUACGUGGCUGAGGUCACCUACCAGGGAGAGGCUCAGUACCCUCACUACCAACCAUCCUACCAUCCUGCUCCAUCUAUCCUAAACCAUCCUACAAGUCUUCUCCAUCCUAUCAUCCAACUCCAAGCUACAGUCCACUGCCAGUCUAUGCAUAACUCUCACCAUGACUUUAUCUCUGAUAUUCUUAAAAGAAAAACUGACCCGUGUGAUGAUCAGCAAAAGUCAUCCAGUGUGAUGCACCAUGACAGGAAAAGAUCAUUUGCAAUCGAGACUGAAAAGAAAAAAUCUUGCACGACAGAGUCGUGUACGUACAAGGUGGUAUUUGCUCUAGCCAUGGUGAGUGUCGUGGUGGGUGUGCCACCACAGUAUGGUUACCCUCCUGCCCGACACUAUAGGCCCACUCCAUCCUACCCUCCUGCCCCACAUUACAAACCCACUCCAUCAUACAGCCCAGCUCCCUCCUACCAGCCAGCUCCCUACCAUCCCACUCCAUCCUACAAGCCAUCCCCGUCCUAUGAUAGUCAUCCUCGGUACGACUUCAACUAUGCUGUGAAAGACGACUAUUCUGGUAACGACUUCGGUCACCAGGAGACUCGUGAUGGCUACAACACCCAGGGGACUUACUACGUGCAGCUCCCUGACGGUCGUCUGCAGCAGGUGACCUACACUGUCAAUGGUGACUCUGGCUACGUGGCUGAGGUCACCUACCAGGGAGAUGCUCAGUACCCUCACUACCAACCUUCCUACACUACUGCUCCAUCCUAUCCUAAACCAUCCUACAAGCCUUCUCCAUCUUAUCAUCCAACUCCAAGCUACAGUCCUCUGCCAGUCUAUGCAUAACUGUCAUCGUGUAUUCAUAUCUUGACAUAAUAUUUAUCAAUAAACUGAGAACAAGCUAUGAUCCUCUUUUAACCCCAGUGUAACAGUUUCUGUCACAUUUAUGAAGAAUAGACAGUACAUUUAACAUUAUUCAUCCACACACCUCACCAUUAUCCAAGCUUCGCCCACCCAUCACCCAACCACCAAGUUCAGCUCCACCAAUGCGUUCAGCUCCACCAAUGCAUUGCACAAACACCAGCGUCUUUUCCAAUCAAAGGACUAUGUACUGAUGCCUUAGUAGAUCGUGACGACAAUUAUGCAGCAGCUGGAGUCUGCCUCUGUGCAUGGAAAUUCUCUGACAACUUUUGGAAUGUGAGAGUCGACAUUAGGCAGAUUAGAGAACGGAGAACAGAGCAUUUACAUUUUAGUGCUUCGUCGACAAUAUUCAGUUACAGAAGAAGCUUACAUUGGGACAUUUCACUAUAGAGCUUUAUCAUAAGUUGAUAGAGCUCAUAACAUAACGAAAGCUGAUUGUUUCCUUCUA